AUGGCCCGCGCCACCGACAUCCAUGAAGUUCCAACAAGACAAAGCCAAACACGGACACCUGGUGACAAGGAGGUCCCGUGGCCAAAAGCCAAGAAGAAGCGGGAAACAAAACAUAACGUGACCGACCAGUGA